AUAGGUAACUUGUGAUGUGAUCAGUUUUGCUCUUCGAUUUGCUACGAAAGGAUAUCCAAAAACGAAUUUUAUAUGUUUUCAAGCGUAAAGUUUUUUUGAAAAAAUGUGGCAAACACUUAUUUUACUGGUGUCUUUCAUUUUCGUGUCAGCAUUUGGAGCUCCUCAGCUUGAUGCAUACUAUGCACCUCAAACUAUACAAACGAUAGGCCCUUCGACUCAAUAUGUUUUGUUGUACCCGCAAUAUCGAUAUGUAGUGCCUCGAGACGGUGAAGCUGGAGAAUUCGGCAAUGAUUUCUGGCAAUCUUUGACCAAUUACUUCAGUAGUUGUGGUGAUGGCGGCGGUGGCGGCGCAUAUUUCCGUAGAAUAAUUCCACCGACAAUCGAAACGAAAAUCCCCGAAGGAGACACAGAAAAGCAAGGUGAAGCCGAAAAAGAAAUCGGAAUCGAUCGAAAACCAUCGAAACCAUUUUAUUAUGUAUUGCCACCGUCUCCUGGAUUUAAUUACUAUUUUCCGCAACCGAAUCUCUUCAAUCAACCAAUUAUUGAGUCGAAAUACAUUGCAUCCAGUUCGUUUCGAAUGCCAAACGCAAAAUCAAUCAACGUUCAAGUGGUUUCGAAGAAUGGCGAAAAAAACACGAAUAAUCCUUCAAAUAUAGAAAUCAGCAAUGGACAUGCUAAUGAGAAGAACGUCAAUUAGGAAAACAAAAAAACAAACAAACAAAAAAGCAUUUUGAUUAAGAAGUUUAUUGAAAAUAUAAAAAAAUCAAAAAAAUAAAUAAAUAUUUAAAUCUUAGCAUUCGAUUUAAUGAAAUGAAAUACAAAAUUGGUUAGCCUUGAGUUUCUUAUCACGUCGAGUAAAUUUCAAUAAUUUUAGUGUGUAUCUUGUGAGCGAAGAAAAAAAAUGAAAUUAAAUAAAUAAAUAUUCACAAUGA